CACGUCUUUGAAUCCCUAGUUUCUGCUGGAAUCUCCACUGACUUGCAUUCCCUAUCUGUUCAUGGGUCGAUAGCGUUCGUAUCGUUAUGGAUCAAGAUAACAAGAUUCAGAACCUCAACAUCAUGCUCAAUUCCUUACAGCAGCAACUGGUUUCUGAAAAGCUCAAGCUCCGCAAGACACAAACGUUACUGACGUCCAAGCGCCAGUUGGUACAGUCAAGCCAUGCACUGCUUGAAAGGGAUUUUCAGGGCGUGUUUACGGAUGGGGCCAUAAAACGCAGGAGAUGGAAACCCGGACGACGGCCAUUUGGUCUGGUAUCCUUACUGGAGACCUCUGCACCAGACGAAGUAGCCGCCGUCGAACAUAGCCAGGAGAGUGCUCAGGUCACUUUGACCGCUUGGCAUAGUGUGAACGAUGAUGUGAUCUGGGUACGGGCUCGUGUCCGCAAUACGCUAAAGACCCCACUGUACAACGUUCAAUUACAGACAAGUAGCGGUUUGACUAGGCGAAGCACAGCUGCCGUACUCCAGGUUGACGUGGAGAUCGACGUGUGUGCAACCUACCAAAUUGACCCAGUCCACGAUGUUAAACAACUGGACGAUCUUAAUCUUGUCUAUUCUUUUUCCGACAGCGGACCAAAUCACUGCCAACGACUCAGGACAGGCCAUGUGCAAGAUAGAAGCGACUUAACCUGGCUAACCACCGUAAAAGAUGAGACGGGUGUACCACCAUCCUUAUAUGUGUAUUUUGCACAUUGGAUCACUCUGGAUGAUGAGAAUGAAAUGGAUACGCUGCGGCAAAUAGGCAAGAUGCAGCGUGUGGUAAGAGAGAGGGUUUUUUUUAUUGAAAAGGUUGGAAUGGUGCCAAUAGCUUAUAAAAAUUCCACAGGCAAAUUCCGUCAAGACGUGGAUAUCGGACGAUCAAAGCUUGGUAGCGGUAAAGAGCGGAAAUCAGAUUCAAGUGGGUUGUGUGGAUGGGAUGAAAUUAGAACGACUGGUUUCCCGCCUUGAAGAGAAGCAAGCAGAAGCAUAUUGAGGCAUGGCAAUCUCCCUGACCUCCGUUUUCACUUGACAUUAACCGAGAAGCUUAUGAACAAGAUUGAAAGUGACGGCAUUCAUUCCCGCUGGGUACAUAUUUUUUUUUCUAUUUUAAAAAAAAAUAAAUUCGCUUUUAUAAAAGAGUCAA